UCUCAAGGACUUCUUGACCAGCUAGUAGUUAAGUAGUUAAUUAGCAACUUAAUCCCGACAAAAACCAUGUCACUCUACUUGGCGCCCACGGCCGCCAUCGUCGCCGCUGCCACCACCCUCCCGAGGCAAGUAGCGCCGCCGAUCGACGUGAGGCGGCUGGAACGGGGCAUGGCGCUUCCGAUGCCGCCAGCGCCCCCACCACCACCGCUUGUAAGUGCCACUAGGUACGUGGGCGCGAGGCACAAGGCCGUGGUGGUGAUGGGCGCGACGGGGACAGGCAAGUCGCGCCUCGCCGUGGACCUCGCCCUCCAGUUCGGCGGCGAGGUGAUCAACGCCGACAAGAUCCAGGUACACGCCGGCCUGGACGUGGCCACCAACAAGGUGACCGAGGAGGAGUGCGCCGGCGUGCCGCACCACCUGCUCGGGGUGGCGCGCCCGGACGACGACUUCACGGCCGCGGACUUCCGGCGCGAGGCGUCCCGCGCCGCGGGCGCGGUCGCGGCGAGCGGCCGCCUCCCGAUCAUCGCCGGCGGGUCCAACUCGUACAUCGAAGAGCUCGUCGACGGCGACUGCCGCGCGUUCCGGGAGCGGUACGACUGCUGCUUCCUCUGGGUGGACGUGCAGCUCCCCGUGCUGCACGGCUACGUGGCGCGCCGCGUCGACGACAUGUGCGCCCGCGGCCUGGUCGGCGAGAUCGCGGCCGCCUUCGACCCGCGCCGCACCGACUACUCCCGCGGCGUCUGGCGCGCCAUUGGCGCGCCGGAGCUCGAUGCCUACCUGCGGUGGUCCGGCGACGACGAGGACGAGCGCGCCCGGCUGCUGGCCGCCGCCAUCGAGGACAUCAAGUCCAACACCCGCCGGCUCGCGUGCCGGCAGCGCGCCAAGAUCCAGCGGCUGGCGAAGCUGUGGCGCGUCCGCCGCGUGGACGCCACGGAGGUCUUCCGGAGGCGCGGCGACGCCGCCGACGAGGCGUGGCAGCGGCUCGUCGCCGCACCAUGCAUCGACGUCGUGCGCUCUUUCCUGCACAGCGGCGACGCCGCGGCUGAUGAUCUUCCACCUGAAGUGCCCGCGUUCGCUCCCACGCCGGCGGCCGCCGUCGCAGUGUGACCAACCGCCUCGCCGUUGGCAGCUGCUUUCACGAGAACGCGUGGUUGAAAGCACGGAGGAGCCAUCAACCACCAUUGCUUGCUUGGUGCGACGGCAUUGGCCCGAGAUCAUCAAGAAAGAGAAAGUGAGUGAGAGUGGAGAGCUUAAAUUACCGUCCGGAAACAUGGGAAUUUCACGGUAAAUCUAUAGAGGUUAGUGUAAUUCCUGCGAGAAUUCUGGGUUUGAAAUUCCUACGGAAACAAAAAAACUACGCUCCAAGACAGAAGAGUGCAGUGGUCAGAUAAAUUGUGUUGCAAAUUCCAUCGUUUAUUUGCAGAGCUCUAGCACCUGUAAUUUUCUCGCCUUUUCUCCCAACUAUAUAUCUUGCAAAUUCUAUAAACUGAUGCUUAUUUUUGUC